AUGUCUUCCGCCUCAUGGUCAAAUCCUCCCCGGUCGAGUCCUGGUUCCCAGGCUCCGACAACUACACCGGUCACAGCUCCUCAGGGCAACCCGCAAGGGUCGAUGCUAAGGCGAACACGACCUAGCCAGGUCCAUACGACCUAUCAACAGUCCAAUGGCGCCGUCGGCUCUAUGCCUGUGUCAGCCAUAAGUGCCUCCUCGGUGGCAUCCAGUUCUCUGCAUGACUCUCCCAUCAUGUCUCCAGACAAUACGGUGUUGACCACUAGCAGCUCUAUUCAGCCUUCUCCUGAGCCCUAUCGUGGGCGUGACAUCGAACAAUUCCCCCUCACCCCCUUUACCCUCGGCGAUCCGCUCUUGCAACGGAAAGCCAGCAACAACUCGAUGAACCCUAGCUUAGCUCCCAGUAACAACUCGUUGGCCGAGGCCCUGCAGUUCCAAAACAAGGACAAGACUGGCUUGAUCCGUCGUCUGUCAAGUAAAACGCAGAAACUGGUCAGCCGCACACGCCGUCAGUCUUCCGUUGCGCCAAAGAGCCGGGAUGGAAGCAUUGGCCCUGGAAUCUUGCGGAGGAGAAGUGACAGCACCAACACCGCUCCUCCGACGGAGACAGUCUUUUUCACCGAUUCCGACGACGACUUUAUACCUGCAGACGAGAGGGAUGAGAUCAUGCCAUUAUGUCUUACGGACGGCCAAGUACGUGAAGUCUCUUCCACGAGUAACCCAGGAUCCAUUGCCGGCUCUACUACCCCAGUUGAGCCUCCUGCCGGGCCCGUUAUCCCCAUGGCUCUGAGGAAGGGCACUUGGGUCCGAAAGUUCUCCAAGAAAAGAAAGUUCAAGAAGAUCUUCCUCGUUUUGGACUCUGAUGCCGCCAAGAUCACGUGGGACAAGAACCGUCCGUCCAAAAGCCUGUACGUCGACGACAUUCGAGAGAUCCGAAUAGGUUCCGAUACACGCCAAUACCGCUUGGACUAUGAUGUGCCGGACUCAGACGAACGCCGCUUCUUCUCUAUCCUCUAUGCUGUUGCUGACAAGUCGAAGAGCAAAGCGAUGCAUCUCGUAGCUGAAGACGAGGAAACCUUCGAGAGUUGGGUUACUGCUCUCGAUGCGAUAUCUAAGCACAGGCAAGACCUGAUGACUUCACUCAUGUCCUUCAACGACAAGGCUAUUCGCUCCUACUGGAACACCGAAAUGACGAAGCAGUUUGAGGGGAAGCCACACUCAUUCGAUGAUGAGGAGAUCGACUUCCCCGGCGUCGAACGUGUCUGUCGAAACCUGCACAUCCAUGUCUCCCAGAAGCAGCUUUGGGAUACUUUCGAAUCUGCGGACGGCACUAGAACCGGACGUCUUAACUUUGCGGAGUUUCAGGACUUUGUCAGGAAAAUGAAGCAGAGAGAGGAUAUUCGAGCAGUCUACCGCAGUAUUGCUUCCGACCCCAUUAGUGGAAUCACUUGGUCCGAAUUCGCUGGUUUCCUUCGCGAUACGCAAGGCGAGGACAUUGACACGGAUCCCCGAAGCUGGGAAGCCAGUUUCAGCCGCUUUACUCGGCGACCAAAAUCCUGCGACGAGACCCGCGGUCUGGACACAGAUAUCGCAAGAAUGACUGAGCAGGCAUUUGCAGCAUUUCUCACUUCGACAUUCAACGUCCCAUUGGCCACUGAACCCACCAACUACACCCUCGAUCGACCGAUGAAUGAGUAUUUCAUAUCUAGCUCUCACAACACCUACCUCCUCGGUCGUCAGGUCGCUGAUAUCUCCAGCGUCGAGGGUUACAUUACAGCCCUCGUGAAAGGGUGCAGGAGUAUCGAGAUCGAUUGCUGGGAUGGCCCUGAUGGACAACCCCUGGUCCAGCACGGAUAUGCGAUGACAAACGCAAUAUCGUUCAAGGAAGUCAUCAACGUUAUCAACAAGUAUGCCUUCGUGACAAGCCGGUUCCCAUUGUGGGUGUCGCUUGAGGUUCACUGUAAUGCCGCCCAGCAAACAGAGAUGGCUGCCAUCAUGAAAGACAUUUUCGGACCUCGUUUGAUCCUUACCGCGCUAGACCCUACAUCUGAUAAACUACCGUCUCCUUCCGAGCUCAAGGAGCGUGUACUGGUCAAAGUGAAGGCCGCCUCUCUUGAGGAGCCACGCAGCGGCAGGGUCCCCAGUGUCAACGGUCGCCGGCGCGGCAACAGCUUGACCUCGCCCUAUGCUAAACCAAUCGCCAUGGAUAACUCGACUAUCCCACCCCAGUACCUCUCUCAGAGCCCCAUGCUCACCCCCAGAGACCCUUCCCGUCGUAGGGUUGCAAAGCGGUACAAUACUAUCACCGAGGGUGAGGUCCAGGAGACCCUAAGCAGCAGCACGAGUGAUUGCGAUAGCGGUAAUGAGAAACCCCCGAGUGAGAAGACACCGAGUGAGAAAACACCGAAGGCGAAGAAGGACACUAGCAAGAUUGUCCAAGUACUGGGUGAACUAGGUGUCUAUUGCACGGGUGUCACGUUCAACGGCUUCGAUGCGCUCGAAUGUCGGAUGCCUUACCACAUCUUAUCCUUUAUGGAAGGGACAUUCAGAAACCAUGGGAAGACCAAGGAAUCCAAGGACGCCCUAUAUCGCCACAAUAUGCGCUACAUGAUGCGUGUGUAUCCUCAAUUCUCCCGCCUCAACUCUCACAACUUCAACCCUCUGAUGUAUUGGAGGAAAGGAGUUCAGAUGGCGGCGCUCAAUUGGCAGACUUUCGACUUUGGAAUGCAGCUAAACCAGGCCAUGUUCGCUGCUGGCACAGACCAGUCAGGAUAUGUCCUCAAGCCUCACUGCAUGCGUGAGAUACGAAUGUUGCCCAACGGCCUUCCGGAAGAGGCAGUCGGCAAACUGGAACGCAAAAACGUCACCUUCAAGAUCGAAGUUAUCUCUGCGCAGCAACUUAUGCGUCCUGGAAACUUGGCAGCGAAUAGGACCCUUGACCCUUAUGUCGAGGUUGAAGUCUUCCACGCCAAUGACAAGAGGGAUAAGCAUGAUAGCAGUGUAGGCGUCGUUGCUGACAGCCCGUUGAAGCGGACUACGCGAGUCGUCAGAGAGAAUGGCUUUAAUCCCGUCUUCAACGAGUCGAUGCCGUUCAGCAUCACCACAAAGUAUCCGGAGUUGGUUUUCAUUCGGUGGAGCAUCAAACUUUCAGCGAAUGGAGAAGGCCCGAAUGACCGCGCCGCUCCAAUGGCAACUUUCACAGCGAAGCUCACCAGUUUGAAGCACGGCUACCGUACUUUGCCUUUACUGGAUCCGAAUGGAGACCGUUACUUAUUUUCUACUUUGUUCUGUCGCCUUGAGGUUGGACCUGUCACCGAUGUCUACGUCAAUCCUGGAGAUGGUGUGGAGUCCGUUGGCAAGUUCAAGAACCUUGGGAGCAGAGUCUUCAGCCGGUCGUCGAACAGCACUACGAAACUGGCUUCAGAGAAGUCAAUCGAGAAAAUCAGUCUCGACAGCGGAAAUGCGGACAACUCGCAGCAGCCCCUGACCCGUUCGUGA